AUGAAGAUGGGUGUUGAACCCCUUCCUGUUCAUGGUGGGCUUGGAGGUGCAUACUAUUUCAGGACAGCAGAGGUGAAAAGCGUUGCAAUUGUGAAGCCAACGGAUGAAGAACCUUUUGCUCCUAACAACCCCAAAGGAUUUGUUGGUAAAGCCCUUGGGCAACCUGGCUUGAAACGCUCAGUGCGCGUGGGGGAAACUGGAUUCAGAGAGGUUGCCGCUUACCUUCUUGACUAUGAUCACUUUGCAAAUGUGCCUCCAACUGCCCUUGUGAAAAUUACACACUCAAUCUUCAAUGUCAAUGAUGGGGUGAACGUAAACAAAUCUCAUAAAGGGAAGACGGUUAGCAAGAUUGCGUCCUUCCAACAGUUCAUACCACACGACUUUGAUGCCAGUGACCAUGGUACCUCAAGCUUCCCAGUUUUUGCUGUGCAUCGCAUAGGUAUAUUAGACAUCAGGAUUUUCAACACAGACAGGCAUGCUGGAAAUCUUUUGGUCAGAAAGCUUGACUGUGUUGGAAGUUUUGGUCAAGUGGAGCUCAUUCCAAUUGACCAUGGCCUAUGUUUGCCAGAAACCUUGGAGGAUCCAUACUUUGAGUGGAUUCAUUGGCCUCAAGCUUCAAUUCCAUUUUCGGAUGACGAACUUGAAUAUAUUGAAAAUCUUGAUCCUCUUCGGGAUUGUGAGAUGCUGCGAAGGGAGCUACCCAUGAUUCGAGAGGCAUGUCUUCGUGUGUUGGUUCUCUGCACAAUUUUCCUCAAGGAAGCUGCUGCUUUUGGUCUCUGUCUUGCUGAAAUUGGUGAGAUGAUGAGUAGGGAAUUCCGCGCAGGAGAAGAGGAGCCAAGUGAGCUUGAGAUUGUAUGUAUGGAGGCUAGGAGGGUGAUAGUUGAGAGGGAGGUGCUAUCUCCCAAGUCUGACAGAGGGGAUGAGGAAUUCCAAUUUGAUAUAGAUUGCGAGGGACCAGAACAGAACAUACAUAAGGUAGGAGAGGAUGAUUAUAUAGCCAGAUUGCAAUUCCAGUUUGAUAUUGGGGUUGGGAAUGGCCAUUCUCUGCUUUCAAAACUUGAGGAAACCAUUGAGGAGGAGGAUGAAGAGGAUGAGGGAGAGGAAAGUGAAGCAAAAGUUGAGCAUGAAGGAUUUGUUGUGCCUCGAGCUCCUGAAAGGAUCCAUGACCUGUCAAGGCUUUCAAUGUCUCUGAAGAAUACAAGCUUGAGUGAUAAGAGCCAGAAAUUCCCAAAAUUCAGCACAGUAAAAGCAGAAAAUGGCUACCUUUCUGGCACAUCACUUGGGCACAACAGUGCGAAUGAGCAACUUCCUGCGAGCACAAGCUUUGUGAAGUUGGCAGACAUGAACGAAGAGGAAUGGAUUCUAUUUCUGGAGAAGUUUCAAGAAUUACUUUACCCAGCAUUUCACAAACGGAAAUCUGUGACAUUAGGGCAGAAACAGAGACAGAGGCUCGGUACAUCGUGCCAGUUUUGAUAUUGAGAUUGCAAUAUAUCAGUAUCAGAGAGGUGAGUUAAGAAUAAGAGUUUUAAUAGGGUUGUUGGAGUGAAGGAUUGUUAGGAUAGGUCAAGAAUAUGGGUUUUUCUCCCUCAGAAAGUGCUUUAGUUUGGGAGAUAAGACUGCGGAAGGUGCGCUGUAGUUGGGAGAUGCUAGACAGUAGCUGUAAAUAUCUUUGGCCUACUUUGGCAUCAGCAACGUUGAGAGCUGAGUAGAAUUGGUUUGGUUACCUUUUGGUCUUUGAUUUCUUUUUUCCUCUUUCUUUUUGUUUUCACUGCCCCGAACUUACUUUGUUAAAUAAAUAAUUUGUAGAAUGCAAUCCUUGAAAAGAAUUUUUGUAAAUAUUCAACUCUCUUCUUUGCU